AUGUCUCCCGUUUUCAUAUCCAGCGGUAAGCCCUGGCGUUUCAACCGGUUUGGUUCUAAGAGGACGAGAAGAAUGAACCUUUCCUUAAGUUUUGCGGUGUCGGAUGUCAUACGCAGUAUGAAGAGAAUAACGAAGGAAGAAACUUGGAGGUCCGAAGACUUACAGAGAUACAUGAGGGGAUACGAAGAUGAAAACUCCAGGAGAAGAGACAAAAUGAAACGAGAGGAGGAUGGCAGGAAACACAGGACUGGAGAAUCAGCAGACAGACGACCCAGGGACCCAGAGAGAGAAGCAAGGAGAGAAAGAGAGAAACACAGAGAUAGAGACAGCAUGAAAGAGGGAGACAGAACACGCCACAGAGACCCAGAAAAGACCAGGGAUGAUGACAGGAGGAGAGAUGAAGGGCAUAGGAGGAGAGAUGGAACGAGGGAUAAGGAGGACAGAGACAAAGAGAGGAGGAGAGAGCGAGAUAAGGAUAGAGGAAUAGAGAAUGAUAGAUACAAGGACAGAGAGAGAGAGAGUUGGGAGAGGAGGAAAGAUAGAGCAGAGAAAGAGAACAGAGACAGAGAGAGGGAGAAAGAAAGGGAGAGAGAGAGAAACAAGGAGAGGGACGGGGAUAAAGAGAGGGAGAGAAGGAGACCAGAGCCUGAGAGGGAGAGAAGAAGUGAAAAGGACAGAAAAAGAGAAGAAGAGAGAGAAGGAAGGAGCGACCGAGAUAAGGACAGAUUACAGGAGAGGGAAAAAGGAAGAGACAAAGAACGAGAGCGAGAAAGGAGAGAGAGACACAAAGACAGAGAGAGUAAGCAAUACAGAGAUGAACAACAGGAAAAACACAGGGAACGAGAAAGACGGGAGAAAGAAUAUUCCGGACAUAGAGACCAGAGAGAACACAGGGAGCACAGGAGAGAAAAAGAAGAGAGGGAGAGGAAAAAGAAAGAGAGAGAACAACAUGAAACCCAGGGACCUGACAACAGUUCUCGAGAAACGGAACGCGAACGUCGACAUCGGGAACGGAAAGAAUCAGAUGGUCAUUUGGCUGGCAACAGAGAUGGAGAGAAAGAGAGGGAAAAAGAAAAGAGGGAGAAACGGCAUGAGAGGAGCCACAGGGUGGAGUCUGACACAAGGAGGGAUGACAGAGAGCGCAAACAAAAAUCAACGUCAGAUCGAGAACGCAGCGACAAAACAAGCAGAGAGAAAGAGGAGUUAACUGUGAGGUUUCAGUCAGACUGGAGAUCUAGUUAUGCAGAACCAAGUGAUCCAGAGAUCCCUGUGGAAAAUGAAGACGCUGAAAUCGAUAAACCGACGGCCGAGGAUUACGGAAAUGAAGAAUAUGAAGAUGACUUUGAGGACUAUGAAGAGGACUUUGAGGAGAUAGAUGAGGAUGAGGAUGGUCCGCAGGAGGAAGAGGAAGAGCGGCGGGAGGAGGAAGAAGGUGAAGACAGCCGAGGAGAGAUACAGAAGAAAGAGGAGCUGAACCCACGGAGGAGAGAAGAGAUAGAGGCCAUUCAAAGAGCAAUGGAUGAGGAAAAUGAAAGAGUCAGCUCCACCCCAUCACGGCCCAGGUCUGAGAUGCCAAAGAGAGAAAAUCGUUCAAAGAGAAGCUCCACUCACGGUCGGAUCAUUAACUUUGUGGCUGCAAAACAGCGGGAAGUCAGCAAGAAAGCAGCAAGCAAACAAAAGAAACGGACCACAGAGCUCCUUCGACUGAUUGAUUUGGAUUUUUCCAUCACCUUCCCCCUCUUGGAUCUCCCUCCUGUCAACGAAUAUGACAUGUAUAUCAAAAACUUUGGCGCGACAAACACCAGACAGGCCUAUGUCCAGUGUCCUGACGACAACAUCGACAGAGAGAUUCAGACAGAGGAGGUGGACGUGACCGAUAAGUGGACGCAGCACCCAGCAGAGGGCAGUAUUGUAUGCGGCGGCCCUAAGCUUUCCAAUGAGUCCUCAGUUGAGUCUGUGGUCCAAAUGAACUCCAUGGACUCUCGACGGUUAACAUCGUUUCUCCGGUCUGCUGCACAGGUGGUAGCAGUGCUGUUAGAGGAGGACAGAGCAGAGAGACACUCUUUACAGAAACUUCGCUCUCAGACUGAUGCUUUGUCCUUCAGCGAUGGCUGCCUUCAGCUCAAUACCAGACUGCCUUUCUUACACGGCCGAGAGGUUAGCCUGUUGCAGUUCUCUCAGGUUCAGAGACAAACCUUGCUCUCCGUUCACGCCCCAUGCACCAAAGCCAGCGCUGUUCGCCUGGACAGCAACACUAUUAUCUGCAUUUGGAACAUGUGGGAGCCCUCACGGCCCCAAAAAAUCCUCCUCUACGACGGCGAGGUGCGGUGUUGCUGUUUCAGCCCUGGUAAAGCCAGGCUGGUGUUUGCAGGCACUGUAGUCGGGUCAGUGGUCAUCUGGGACCUGAGAGAACAUUCCAGAGAGCACUACAACCUGAGGAUCGGCGAGGAGGACUGGACGCUGCGUUACCCCACCUUCUCCACCGACGCUGUGCUUGCGGGGGCGGGGCAUCUCUCCACUGUGAGGUCAGUGGAGCCAAUCGUUGCCACCGUGGAGGAGGGGCUUAGGCCAGAACGUCCCUUAAUGGCCAGCCAAGAUGAGUCUUUGGAGCUGUCCUUCCAGUUAGCAUCCCUGGAUGAAUAUGGGGUAUUAAAUCUUUGGGUUGUAGUAGAGCUGCCCAAAGCUGAUGGUGCUGGGUCACAGACGGACUUGGGGCUCAGGCCAGGAGGGAAAGUGAAACUUCUCCACAGCUCCUCUAUAAACACUUGUGACAAGUCUACCUCUCGGGACGUUGUUACAUUAGGACCCUCACUGAGCCUCCAGCUGAAGUUUCUUCCUAAAGACUCCAACCAUUACUACAUCAGCACCAACACGGGUUUGGUGAGGCAUGGUACGCUGCACGGACUGAAGACUGCUCCUAAACUCUACAGGUCUCAGGUGGAGGGUCUAAGCCCCGUGGAGGUGACUGCUCUGGAUUUCUCUCCUUCAGGAGAACCUUUCUUCCUGGCGGGCUGUAGUGACGGCAGCGUACGGCUGUAUUCCAUAAAGAUUGAGACCCCGGUGCAGGAGUGGACCGGCAGUUCCAGCGGCGCCGCCGUGGUCUCCGUUCAGUGGUCCGUGACCCGACCGUCCGUGUUCUGUGUGCUGGACGCAGCCUCAGACCUACACGUCUGGGACCUGAAUGAGACAGACGACGCCCCGCUCAUCACGGAGAAGAUACACAAUGACCGGGUUACUGCAGUGGCUAUGUUUGGGGAACCUGCCAGACAGAAAGUUUACGCUGGGCUUGCAUUGGCCAAGCACUCGGGCAGGAUAGAAAUUCAGUAUUUCAAUAAGAAGUUCACCGUACCUGUAACCGCAGAGUCACAGAAACUCCAUUCUCUUCUACAUGAUGCAUUCUGA